AAUUUGAAUGCGUUGAUGCUUUAAUUAUAAAUUUAUAAUCAAGAAUUCUAUCUCAGACUCCUAAAAAGACAACACCAUGCAACUCAAUCAGAUAACCCCUCUAGACUUCAAAAAUGUUGCCAAACUACCCGACUCUCACAGAUGGACUCUCUCUUCAGAAAACCCAUCUCAGGAUCCAUUGACCCAAGAAUCUGUUCCGAUAAUAGAUCUCAACGACCCACAUGCACCGUCACUUAUAAGAGAAGCAAAUGAAAAUUGGGGUAUGUUUCAGCUCACAAACCAUGGUGUUCCCAUUACUUUAAUGCAAGAAAUCCAAAGCCAAACCCAAAGAUUAUUUGCAUUACCGGCUGACCAGAAGCUCCUGGCCGCCCGAUCGCCGGAUGGCUUGACUGGAUAUGGCAUGGCUCGCAUCUCCUCUUUCCUCAACAAACAAUUGUGGUUUGAAGGGUUCACUAUUAUUGGAUCUCCGGCGCAGCAUGCAAGCCAAUUUUGGCCAAAUGACUACACCACCUUCUGUGAUGUAGUGGAAGAAUACCAAAAGGAAAUGAAAGGGCUAAGCGAGAGACUAAUUGGGCUUAUGUUUAAGUCAUUGGGCUUGGCCCAAGAAGACGUGAAGUGGUUCACAACCAAAUCUGAAACCCAACACCAACCUCAAUCUGUGCUUCAGUUGAACUCAUAUCCAAUAUGUCCCGAAGCCGGCCAGGCCAUGGGCUUGGCUCCUCAUACAGAUUCAACUUUGCUUACUCUAGUGCAUCAAAACAAUGCCAGUGGCCUCCAAGUAUUCAGAGAAGGCAGUGGGUGGGUACCGGUGCACCCAGUCGAUGGUGCACUUGUGGUAAAUAUUGGUGAUCUGAUGCAAAUACUAUCCAAUGGCAGGUUCAAAAGUGUACUGCAUCGAGCGGUUGUGAAUGAGACCUAUCACCGGACAUCGGUUGUCCAUUUCUAUGGCCCACCAAUGGAUGCAGAAGUGUCACCGUUGAUGCACUUGAUUGACUUUGAUCAUCCAGUGCUAUAUAGGGCUGUGUCAUGGAAGGAGUAUCUUGAUGCCAAGAAAAUCCAUUUUGACAAGACAUUGGAUUUUAUUAAACAAGAUGCUUUGGGUGUUCCUAAAAAUGGGCAUUGACAAUUUUAUAGCAGUAGAGAAAUAAUUCAAGGAAAUCCCGAAUCAGUGAGCCCUUGUGUGCUACAAUUCUAAGCUGAACCUUCGAGAUCUUGUGGGAGUUGCAUGUGUGAAAUAAGUUAGUAUCUGCAUGUUGCUUUGAAUUUUAUGUUUGUGCUUAAAAAUAAAAAAAAGUAUUUAAACAAAAGCUGAGUUUCUUUUCAGCUUUCUCUAUGUUAGUAUUGGGAAAAAAAUGACAAAAGAGCCAUUCAAAUCACAAGA